AUGCGUGCGUCGCCGUCACUUGAUAGCGUGCCUUCCGGAGCUAUGACAGAAAAAUCUCAUGGGUCUCCUCCUGCACCGACGAACAAUGAUGUCAUCGAUCCAUACACUGAAGAUCGUCGAAUUGCUAUGCACCAGCUGUAUGAUGACUAUGAAGUAGAGGCUCCGAAUCUCGAAAAAAGUAUCGCAACUUCAAGAUCGCCACGAACUCGACCCGCGUUACCGACGGAGCCUCGUGAGCCUAUUGUUAUUGCUCAGUAUGCACAACGUUACCCACAACCACCCGAUAUUACAGGUACUCCUAUUCUGUCGUCUGGACGAGAGCACUCAACGUAUGCCUCUCAAGAAAGGGCUGCAACCGUUACGUCCUCACCGACCACAAAAUAUAGUGUCACCUUCGCUGCAGCUUCUACUGCCGAAACCCCGUCAGCCCUACCCAAAAGUUCUCCAGCAACAAUAGCAGCAACAGAAACAACGUCAACAACGGCAACCGCAACCACAACUACCACUUUUGUUGAAAACAUCAUCGAAAAUAAAUCAAAUACCACCGAACCAAGACUAGCGGAUUUAACGGUAUUUAAUGAUAUUACUCACGAAAGAGUGAUGAAAAGUGUAGAAACCAGUCCUAAAGGAGUUCAGGAAGUCGAGAAGCCUAUUCUUAACAAUGCGGUUGAUGAGAAAAGCCAAACUGAUAUUCAAAAACAUGCCAAUGGUAAUGAUGUGAAGCCGUUGUUAUCUAUGCCAGUUAUCGAUUCAACUACAGAUCUUAACAUCUCAACGACAAUAUCGAGUACUUCACCGGCAAUACCGCAUUUGCGCACAACGCUUCCUGAGAAAACGAAAUCGUAUCGCAUCCAUGCCGUAGCGAAUACGAUGCCAACUAGUUUCGUUUUUAGCGCACCGAAUUUCGCACAAGGAGAUGCGACUACAUCGUUGCACUCCUCGAAAACCCUCCUGAACAACGUAGUUAGGACAAAAUCAUCACAGUCAAGCUACGAGAAGGUGAGCAUUCAAGGCAGGCAGAGUCGUCUGCGUAGACUGAAAAUGUUGAAUCAACGGGCAAGAAUCAGGCCGCUGGCUGUAGUGGCGGUCGACAGGGAACACGAUGAACAGACGAACUACCCGAAACAUUUGGAAAAAGAAAUUGAUGAACUACAGAAGCGUAUUUACCUUCCAAAGAAUAAGCUCGCCGUCGUGUUGAAGACGACAAGUCCUGCUCCUGAUAAGAGGGUCGAAGACGACACCGCACUUGCUCUUUCGUGGAUGUUCGCCAAUAUGGCGAAAAUGAUGAAGGAAAAGUCAAGUGGAACAGUCUCCGGUGGUCCUCGACAAAUUCGUCACAUCACUGAUAAGGCACAUUGCAUUCCUACUUGUCAUAAUGAAACCAAUUUCGGUAUCCCGGUCGUAGACGCUGCUUAUAAAGAGCGGCAUUCCUAUUUUCGGGUCGCAUUUCUGGCCAUUGUUCAAAGAAUGCCGCAUUAA